AUGAGUUUAGUGCAGAAAGUAAAUGCUGACCGCCUAUCGUUUGGAGAUGUUGCUCACACAGUCUUAAAUAUGGCGCUGAGGGAAGGUUCGCAGUGCAAGAGAAUAGAUCUAGUAUUCGACACCUACAAAGAAAUUUCAAUAAAAACAGGGAGCGGUAUUUACGGGGCCAGGAAACUUGGCAUCAGUUGGGCAGCAUCACCAACACUCAGAUAGUCAGACAAUGGAGAAAGCAAUAAACCAAGUCUCGUCAAUUUCAUUAUCAGUGAACUGAAGAAGAAAGUGUGCAGCCAGAAGUUAGACAAUAAAAUGCUGUAUGCCACAAGUGAAUCUUUGUGCUUUGGAAUAACUUCAGAAGGCAGUGCAGAGGUUUCUGCAUUGGAGUGCCAUCAAGAAAAGGACGAUGGUCGUUUACUUCUACAUGCAGCUCACGCAAGCCAAGACGGAUAUAGCUCAGUAAUGAUCUGUUCUGAAGACACCAACGUCUUUGUUAUGUGUUCAUGGCGAUUGCUGACAGGCUCGCAGUACCCUUGUUCACCAAGUAGAAGCCGCGCUAGGCUAAUCAAUAUCAAUCACGCUGCACACUGUUUUGGUCAGGUUGUCUGCAAAGCUGUUUACGGAAUGCAUGCAUACACUGCAUGUGAUUAAGUAAGUGCCUUUUCUGGGAAACGAAAGGCGCAAGCGCAUAAGCUAGUGAUGAGUGACAAAGAGAGCUGCAAAACCUUCACAAAGUUAGGUGAUGAGUGGCAACUGAUACAGGAUUUAUUGCAGAAGUUAGAGGCCUCUACCUGCAAACUCUAUGCUCUGAAAACCCCUACCACAACGGUAAGUGACCUUAGAUAUCAGCUAUUCUGUACCAGGAAAGGAGAAAUAGAGAGUCAUCAACUCCCGCCAUGUAGAGAUUGCUUGGUCAAGCACGCUCAGAGAGCUAACUAUCAGGCUGCAAUAUGGAAGCGAUGCCUACACCAGGACCCACAAGUACCCAGUCCAAUUGGAAGAGGCUGGAAAUUAGAGAGUGACAAAGGUGCAGAACAGCUAGUAGUUUACUGGAUGGCAGGGAAGCAAGCUCCGUAAGCUAUCCUUGAGCUUCUCUCAUGUAAUUAAACUAUAAGCUGUUCUUCUGCCCGAUGUGUUUGCGUUGCUAACGGGAUGUACAGACAUGUGCAAGCUGCCCAACUGUAACGACCAGUCAUCUGCCGAAGAAGAGGAAUGUAGGAACGAAAGCGAUGAGGGGGAUGGUGAUGAGGAGUUGGACAGUGAUGACGACUAUUAA